AAUCAAGGAGACCUCUCUAUCACCUAGAAGGCCCUGCUGUCUACCGAGCCGGCUCCCGCGGCAGUACGAAUGUCCUGGCAAACCCCGCUCCCAACGCUUUCACAUUGGAGCCCUACAACCGGCAACAAGUCUGCAACACCAUGGCGAGCGACAUCGAAGCUUCAAUGGCAGCACUGCGUCAGCUGAAGGAACAGUCAAACGCAAAGCUGAAAGAGCAUCAGGAGCUGCAAAGGAGGAUACAAGAGAUAGAACAGGAGAAGGAUCGCAUCGAUAAGGCUUUUGAGGAAGAGCUGGUAUGCCACGCUCAGGCCGAUUGUCGCCAAUUUGCAAGCAUGAUGUACGCCAAACUCCCACAAGAGAUUCGCGAUAUGGUGUAUGCGUACCUAUACUUAGAAGACGCACCUAUUCCGAUCGGGUCGCAUCACUUUACGACAUACGUCGAGCCAGCCGACGAUGACUCGCAGGUGCACCGGGCCUUCAACGACGCCAAUACGCCAUUCAUCAUACCGGAAGGAGCGGUAACCCAUGAUCACAGCAUUGCGCCACCCUCUGGCGUUGUCCUUCCAACCGAUCGCACUUUGAACCCGGUUUAUUUGGGCCACCAGGUUGCGUUCGAAGCCUCAAAGUUUUAUUACUCAUCCAACAUCUUCUCGAUCUGCACUCUAUUCAACACUCUCUCCACUUUCCUCUUCACAGACCCAGCUCGUGGCUUUGCUCGAAGCCCCGAAAGCAAAGUGCAGCCGCUCGGCCUGCUCCCCAUCGACUACGUCCGCAGUCUUCAAAUCCGUAUAAAGUACGAACAUUUCAGGACCUAUGCAAUCAAACCGGAGCCCUCCACAGGCCGCCGACCUGAGAAAACAGUCUACCGGGGCAUAUUCUCUAAUCUGGGGCCGCUCAGGGAAUGGGGCGAGAGGACUGCGUCGCCCGAUCGCCGUGCCGAAUUCAUAAUCAUGACUGCCUUUAGAACACGUCACGAUGCCCUCAAUCUUAGAACACGUCUUAAUGUCCUCAGUCUGGAAUUGCAGAACCGCCGCUUUACAAACCUCCUCGAAGCUAUGCGUCCAUCUAUCUAUACCUUAAAGCAUGACGCGGGUGCUAACAUCAGCGUCCUUCAUCACGACGAGACGUGGACGCCAUUUCCCAGGAACAUCAGCGCCAUCUUCUCCCUAACAAAGACACAAUGGGAAUAUGAAAAGUCCAUCCUUCGAAAAGAAGAGGUCACAUAUUCGCCAUUCCACUACUGGAUCGCGCCCCGAUCAGACGGCACGCCAGAAGAAGGCUUCGCGUGUGCAGCCAUUACGGCGUUUUUGAAGGGACGAUGGGGUCUGUCCUCAGCCCUGGAUACUCAGUGUACGUACCCGAUUGAAGAGGGUGCUUAUUGGCCAAAGGGAAGGGUAGCGUCACCAGAGAGCAAGCGGAGGAUGACUCCGUAGCCACGACAUGCACGCUGGCAAUCGGAUAUUUGGGGCAGACACUCGCUGCAAGCUUAACAGCGAAUAUAGUUCUGAAGAUCUUCUCGAAAAUGGAAACCCAUGCUGGCUCUUCCUCGGCCGAGGUUGCCCCUUGACCACGGUAAAGAGAUCGCGCCAAGCUCUCUAACCGUGGAAUUAUGGCUCCGAUCCGUCCACUUAUCCAUGGAUAGGGCGCCUACGUGAUAUGGGCCCUUGAAAUAUCAGCACUUCUCCGCAGCCCAAUAUUCAGGGACAGCU